AUGCUGAAAGAAUUAAAGCUCUUCCAGUGCCUGAUGCUACAUGAGAUUGAUGGUCUCAAGGGUUUGAAAUUCUUGAAGACGCUGGACUUGUCAUAUUGCAUGACCUUGGAGAGAGCCUUGGAGAUGUUACCUUACCUAUCGAACUCAGAAAUGCUGGAAGAAUUAAAGCUCUUCCAGUGCCAGACGCUACAUGAGAUUGAGGGUCUUAGGGGUCUGAAAUCCUUGAGGACGCUGGACUUGUCAUAUUGCACGACCUUGGAGAGGUUACCUGAUCUAUCGAACUCAAAAAUGCUGGAAGAAUUAAAGCUCUUCCACUGCCUGAAGCUACAUGAGAUUGAGGGUCUUAAGGGUUUGAAAUUCUUGAGGAUGCUGGACUUGAGAAAUUGUAUAGCAUUGGAGAGGUUCCCUGAUCUAUCGAACUUAGAAAAGCUACACGAGAUUGAGGGUCUUAAGGGAUUGAAAUCCUUGAAGAUUCUAGACUUGUCAUAUUGCAUAGCCUUGGAGAGGUUACCUGAUCUAUCAAACUAUGAAAUGCUGGAGGAAUUAAAGCUCUUGCAGUGCCAGGAGUUACGCGAGAUUGAGGGUGUUAAGGGUUUUGAAAUCUUGAAGACGCUGGACUUGCGAUUUUGCACAGCCUUGGAGAGAUUACUUGAUCUAUCAAACUCGCAAAUGCUGAAAGGAUUAGACCUCUACCAGUGCGAGAAGCUACAUGAGAUUGAGGGUCUUAAGAAACUACAUGAGAUUGAGGGUCUUAAGGCUUUGAAAUCCUUGAAGAAGCUGGACUUGUCAUCAUGCAUAUCCUUGGAAAGAUUGCCUGAUUUAUCAAGCUUUGAAAUGUUGGAAAACUUAAAGCUCGCCCACUGCCAAAAGCUACAUGAGAUUGAGGGUCUUGAGGAUUUGAAAUCCCUGAUGACGCUGGACUUGUCAUAUUGCACAGCCUUGGAGAGGUUACCUAAUCUAUUGAACUCAAAAAUGCUGAAAGAAUUAAAGCUCUUCCAGUGCUUGAAGCUAUAUGAGAUUGAGGGUCUUAAGGGUUUGAAAUACUUGAAGACGCUAGACUUGUCAUAUUGCACAGCCUUGGAGAGGUUACCUGAUCUAUCGAACUUUGAAAUUCUGGAAGAAUUAAAGCUCUUCCAGUGCCAGGAGCUACGUGAGAUUGAGGGUCUUAAAGGUUUUGAAAGCUUGAAGACGCUGGACUUUCUAUUUUGCACAGCCUUGGAGAGAUUACCUGAUCUAUCAAACUCGGAAAUGCUAAAAGGAUUAGACCUCUACCAGUGCAAGAAGCUAUAUGAGAUUGAUGGUUUUAAGGGUUUGAAAUCCUUGAAGACACUCAACUUGUCAUUGUGCAUAUCCUUGGAAAGACUGCCUGACCUAUCAAACUUGGAAAUGCUUGUGCAAUUAAAGCUCGCCGAGUGCCAGAAGCUACAUGAGAUUGAGGGUCUUAAGGCUUUGAAAUCCUUGAAGAUGCUGGACUUGUCAUCGUGCAUAUCCUUGGAAAGAUUGCCUGAUCUAUCAAACUUGGAAAUGCUGGAAGACUUGAAGCUUGCCAACUACCAGAAGCUACAUGAGAUUGAGGGUGUUGAGGAUUUGAAAACCUUGAAGAUGCUGGACUUGUCAUCGUGCACAGUCUUGGAAAGGAUAACUAAUCUGUCGAGAGUAACAACUUUAAAAGAAUUGCGACUUCAUAACUGUGUGAAACUUAGCGAGAUUUGCAGACUUGGAGAACUGCAAUUCUUGGACAUUUCUGGAUGCAUGUCACUACAAAAUUUACCAGACAUUUUGAUCAUUAGAGAAGUUUGGCAUUGA